UAAGGAAGCACCGUUAAUGUUUGGGUGAUUUGUCGAUCAGUCAGUCAACAGUCGCUUUGGUGCUCUCGAACGCGGCCGAUGUUAUUUCCGCAUCAGUAGUGCGGGCACUGUAACUUCAGCCUUUUUCAUCUAAAGAACUAAGGGAGAUCCCUGCGUAGAUAAAAUCGUCAGGAGUUAUGGAACACAAGAUUGAUUUUCAAGAACUUCUGGCCAGACUGGUUAUCUCGGAGCCAACAGAUCCUAUUAUCAAGUGCAUUAUUAAUAAUAAUCUGGAGAGGCUGAAGAAAUUGAUCAGAGGCAAGGACAUCAAUGCAUUGUACCCUUGUGUUGAGUUACAAGAUGAAGUAACCCCAUUAAUGGCUGCUGUUGCAUUUUCAAAUCAGGAGAUUUGUACAUUUCUUCUGGGAAAAGGUGCUGACCCCAACAAACCAUCAAAGAGAUUUUUAGCACCAUUGCAUUAUGCUGGACUGCGUAAAGUUCCAGUGAAUAUAGUGACAACAUUACUGGAAGCAAAGGCAGAUCCAAAUGGUCUAGCAGAACAACCAUUCUUUCCAAUUCAAUUGGCACAUGACAGAGACGAUAUUGUGAAGGAGCUUCUCAAAUCUGGAGCUUUAAUGUGGCUAAAUCAUGGCGUCCAUCCUGCAAUUGAUCAGAAAUUGGCAAGAAUAAUUGGAAACUUUGCGAAAGAGAGUGAGUUCUUUUCCAAAAUCAAGCUUUUUUUACAUUUUGCACAAGCAAUAAGACAAACAUCCCCAACAGAUGUUUUCAAGCACUAUGAUCUUCACUUACUAGAGGAGAACCCACAAACCCACCUCACAAUGAUUGACAUGUGCUUUAACAUUGAAGGUGCAAAUGAAGAUGAAUACUUCCAGAAAGCCAUUAAAUGGUUGAACGACUCCAAGAAACUAGUUUCCUAUGUUGAAGAUGUAAGCAAACGUCUGUCCACAGUUCCUCUGAAAUUUAGGGCAGGUGCAUUGAAAUCCUUAUAUAGAGUUGUUUGCGCAAUGAAGGAAAUACCUAAUGAGGUGUCACUUACCCUAAUUCCUGAGUUAGUGAAACUGCUUUCCUCUAAAACAGAAGAUUAUCUUGUGCCAUUGAUCAUUGUUACGCUCUAUGGCAUCACACAGAAGACAAAAGACAAGGAUCGUUGGAGCAACUCUGACCUUGAGGAAAUAUGCAAGCACAUUGUCCCAUGCACACAGAGGAAGGGUUAUCCCUAUGAAUUGAAGAUGUAUGCCUAUGCCUUGCUAGCAGAUCUUUACACAUUUAGUUGUGUUCCUGGUUACAUCAGCUCUCUGGGACUGACUCUGGUACCUGAAGGACUACUUAUCUGGGGAAGCGAUGAAAACCUGAAAGCAAAGCUGAGAGAUCUAAACAUGUCCUUAGACAGACAACGUUCUGUCUCCAAGUCAACAAGUGAAGAUUCAAAAGACAGUCAUUUGUCAGAAACCAAGAGGAAGAGGAAGAAGAAGAUUAAGAAGAUGAAGAGAACGGCAGAAAAACAAGACAUACCAAAAGAAGAGACAGACACACAAGAAAAUAAUGCAUGUUUAGCCUUCAAUACUUCAUCUACUCCUGUUGAGGAAUCUGGCCUUGAUGAGUCUUCUAGUGUCAAGCCGUUCCACCCCACCACUGACACAUCACCAUUACAGCGCAAAUGGCUCAAAGUCAGCAAGCGGUGGGAGACACAGUUAGAGAAGCUUGCCAACGUGGAUGAAUGUAAAGUUUAUAGGGUAGGAAACCUCACUCUUAUAAAUGAUGAUUACUUUCGCAUAGCAAAGGGAAGUGAUGGAUCUGAGGUCUUCUUGGGCCUGAGGGAUGAUGGCACUGAAGUAGCCAUAAAGAGAAUGAUCAGGUCAAACUAUCAGUUUCUCAAGAGGGAGGAAGGAUUUUUACGUCUUCCAGAGCUUGACAGUAGCGGUAUUGUAAGAUACAUGGACUUUGCAGAAGACAGUUUCUUUGGUUAUCUUGCUCUUCAGCUCUGUGAAUACACUCUGGAUGAGUACAUUAAUACACACCUGUCCAAGGACGACACUCAUGCCCUGAUUAAAAUCAUUGAAGAGGUGCUCUGCAGUUUAAGUGUCCUUCAUGGUCCAACUACCAAAGUCCUUCAUCGGGAUAUCAAACCUCAGAAUGUUUUGAUAGGUGAGGUAUACUAUAGCAUUGCACAGUUAAGCCUUUCACUCCCACUAAAUAUAAAACAUGGCUUUCAUCAUUAUGGAUUUAAAAUCCAUAUGCACUAUCAUAAAGUCAUUUUCUAGUAUCUAUACUUAUGAAAAGCAUGAUAUUGUGAUAUUAUUUAUCCUUAACAGAUAUCAAUGGAAAUGCAAAAUUGGCAGAUUUUGGCAUAAGUCGCAGACUGACAGUGGAACAAACAACUCUACACACAGUCCCUGCAGGAACAAAAUGCUGGAUGGCCAAGGAGACAUUAGACAAACAAGGCUCUGGAUAUAAGAGGAGCUCUGAUAUACAGGUGGCUGGGAUGUUGGUAUACUACAUCCUUUCUGGUGGACACCACCCCUUUGAAGGUCCACUUGGUGAUGAACUUGAACAGAAUCAAAACAUAAUCAAGGGGACUUACACACUAGAACAUGUGGCAGACGAGGUUGCAAAGGACCUCAUUGAGUGGAUGAUCAAUGAAGACCCUGCUGGGAGACCUACAGUGGAGGAGACCCUGAAUCAUCCCCUCUUCUGGAAACCACAGAGGAGAGUUGAGUACCUGAGAAGAAUUGGGAAUGAGAAGGAGGUCGGGAAGUAUAUCGACGCUGACCAAAAACUUCUAGAAGCUCUGAAACAAAGUGCUACGGAGAGAACCUUCUGUCAGUGGAGAUCCAAGCUGCCCUCUGAAUUGAUGAAUAAGAUGGAUGGCAAACAGCCCUACCCUGAGAACAUGUUGGGGUUACUACGCUUCAUACGUAACCUCCAUGAGCACAAUGCUGAGGAUUUAGAAUCUAUUGACCUGAUGAAUAUGUUCCCUGAUCUCUUUGGAUGUGUCUACAUGUUGGCCAAGAAACAGAGCUGGAAUUCAAGGCCUGGUCUGAAAAAUGUAUUUCAGAGAGAUCUAAGCUCAUGAUUCUGAAAUGUAAACUGUCAUUAGAACUGAUGAAAUAUAAACUAUUGUAAUACUUUUUGUUGGUAGAGGCAAUGAUUUUAACUGUCAAGGACAUUUUAUAUUUUCACUGAUAGAUCUAAUAUCCAUGAUUUUUACAAAUAAUGAUCUUACAUGGUUAUAGCCUACAUAUUAUGGGAGUUCAUACAAAAAUACAGUAGUCACAAAGCUUUGGUGAAAUGUACUGAUUACUUUUUUUUUAACUGUCUUCACUUAAGGUAUACGGGAUUUGUAUUAAUAUAAAUGAUCUGUAUGAGAUUUCAGGGAUGCCUGGAUCAAAGUAUUGACAUGUUUUUUUUUCUAUCUGUGUUUUGCUUGAUAUGAAAAUGAAGUCUGCCCAAGAGUGCAUUGAAACAUGAUUGUAUUUCUUAAAUCCGUGAUCUAUCAAUGGAGGAGCUGUGACGCCCUCUUGUGGAUAGAACUGUGACGGUUACAAAUGUAGUGGUCACUUUUUUUUCUUUUUUUAAAUAUUAAUGGAACACCACAGUAAAAUGUUAAUGCACCUCUCUCUAUAAUAAAGGCUAUCAAAGAGCAAUA